AUGAGGGUCUUGGCUGUCCUUGGAGGCUGGGCUUGGGCAGCCCUCUGCCUGGCUUCCUGCUCAGCUGCCUUUUCCCAUGGUGCCGGCUCAGGGGCCUGUGAGGACCUGCAGCCCAAACACAUUCAAGCCCAGCCUCAGGACCCACAGACCCACCACGUCACCAUUCACACCGGUAGAUCUUCCUACUCACCGGGUGACACGGUUCCAGUGACUGUGAGGAGCAGUCGAGAUUUCAUGGGAUUUCUACUUCAGGCUCGAAGAGUGUCUGACCAUCAAAUAGCUGGCACUUUUGUUUUCAUGCCUCCUCAUUCCAAAGCAAUGGCUUGUUCUCAAGAGGCUGACACCGUCACCCACUCUGACAAGUCCCGGAAGAGAAACCUGUCCUUCGAGUGGAAGGCCCCUGCCCAGCCUGUGGGGGACAUCACAUUCCUUCUGUCAGUUGUCCAGUCAUAUUUCGUUUACUGGGAGAGGAUCGAAUCGUCUGCUGUGUCUCAACAGACACACCUUGGAGCCCACACUGACCAUCACGAGCAGCUCGGCUCACCCAUGCCAAGCUCUGGCUGGAGUCGGGAGGCAACCGAGAGCUUCACGCCAGCUCUCAGACCCCCCAGCGCUCUUCCUCAGCAACAUGCAAACAUCUUUGCUGUUGCUCCAACUGGAGCUGCAGAGGAUAACAGCUUAGAUCCCUUCCCUGCAAGUUUUUGGGCAACAGAGUUUCCUGGGGGUGGGGAGACUCUGUUCCAGUCAUCUUCACACACAGCUACUGCUGUCAGCAAUGGCCAGCAACCCAGAGGGGACAUCAACAGAAUCCUUGAGCCAUCCCUGGAUAUCCAUGGGCUGGAGAGACUCAUAGCUCUCAGGAGAUUCUUCUCAGAGGGCAUUGCUUCCAGUUCUAGCACCCACCUCAGGACUCAGGAUGAUCCAAGCUUUGAUUCAUUGGAAACUUGCAUACCCUCAGAUAGAGAUGAACAGGACAAGAUGGAAUCCUCUAAUAGGACCAUGAUGAGGCCCCCUCUGUCUACUGCCCAUUUUACCUAUCCUCAGCACCUCUGGUUGUCUGAAGCACUUACUGGCAAUGGGGCUGGAGCAGCCACCCCAACCCCUGUCUUCCCCCCCUCUGCCACUUCCAGGUCACUUGCUGCUGGAGCCCAGUCAGAAACAUGGAGGCCUUCUCCCAGCUUCUUAACUCAGCCAAAGCGCAAAGAGCCCAGAGUGGGGGAGGAACAUGGUGGGGACAGAAUGGAAUACCCCAGGAAGACCAACCCAAGGCCUGAGGUUGGGCAAGAAGGAGCCAGUGCCCUUUCAGGGAUCCAGCUCAGGACUCCCCAGCUGGGAAUCCUGCUUUGCCUUUCCGCCACCUUGGGCAUGGCCCUGGCUGCUGGCCUCCGCUGCCUACACGACCAGUAUUGCCACAAACGGACAGACGUGUCCUUCAGUGAGCCUGCAGGGGAUGGUGUUGCCAGGAGCGAUGGUGGUGAGACAGUGCAUGUCAGGAAGAUGAGGAAGAACAGUUUUGUUUUGGUUGAAGCAGACUACAACUGGACCACGUCCUCUGUGGGUAGCGAGAAAACAGUGCUCUGAGCAGACCGUCAUCCUAGGCCUCUGAGUGGCCCUCCUCAGACCCUGCAGUGUCUCAGCCAGAACAGAGCUAAUGAGAAUAGCUGAUGAGGACAGGGAUCCGCUGUGCCCCCCACUCAGUGAGCAGUUAGUGGAGGAAGCUGGGAAAGGACAGUUUUAUCAACAGAGGGAGUUCUUCCCGAGCUUUGUUGUCUUAACAUCUGUAAUUUAGCUGCUUUUUUUCUAUUCACAAUUAGACGUUCUGUUUGAAGAGUUAAACUCAACACAAUGAAUAUUGUAUAACCUGCUCAUUAACUAGACUCCUGUGGCCGCCAAGCUUCCUCUGUUGCCUUAAGGAACCUGCAGAAAUAGAAAUUCUGUCCCUCCUCAGUAUGUCAGCCUCAUCCCUUCUAACUCUUUGAACAAAAGUAACAUUGAGGUUGUGUCUCUUACAAGAAAAAGAGCUGGAACCCUCAGUUUACCUCUCCAAACCACCCCCAGAAGAAGUUUCAUUUUUAAAACUCGCCUUCAACACUGACUGGGUGAAUCCAAGGGUAUUCAGUCUUCUUAGAAACUCAGAAGCCUGGCAAAUCCGCCUUGGAAAUUAAUCUGAAGCAAGCGAGUCUUCAAGAGCUUGAUGGAACACAUCUGUGGGGGAAUGCAUAUGUGCUGCAUAAACACCAGAGCGGGGUAAGCAAGCUUCUUCAUCAGGUGCAAAUGGAUCUGGGACCUCCCAUCCAUUUACACUUGAUGGGAGGCUUGCGUAUCCUAACAGUCAGCACACAUACUGCCUUUUGCCAAAGGUCAGGCUGGGAAAAAUGAUGAUACCACACAGUCUGAAGAAGAGCCUCUACUCAUCUUUUCAGGGAGAAAAGGAAGACCACAUGUGGACAAAGGCCAGAUCUUUCUACUCUCAUGAUUUAUGAAUAUCGCUUUGACUUAGCCAAGUGUUCAUAGAUGUUAUGUGAGGCCAAGACAACAGGUGUGAAUAUACCUUUUGAAUAUGUUCAUCUAAUAUGACACAUAGAAAUUGGCUGUCUUUUCAGAGGUAAACCUGUUACAGAGUCACAAAACAUUUUAAUGUGGAAAUGAAAAGCCACUAUAAAUAUGGAAAGGGUGUUUAUUUAUCAAGUACCUAACUUACACAGGUACUGUGCUAAGAACUUUGUAUACAUUUUCACAUUUAACUCUCACAAUAACUUAAUGCAGAAUAAGUUCUGUAACUUGUUCAGAGAGAGGGGCAUUCAUGACAUCUCAAUUUAACCACAAAAACAUUUUUUUUUUUUUUUAAACUGGGUGUAUGGGGAAAGAGAUAAAUCCCGCUGUUUUUUCAGCCUCUUUUAGCUCAUAGGGCACUAAUUCCAAGACUGUUUCCUCCUGGAUCUGUCCCCUGGCUUCUGUCAAGUGCCUCAUUAGGAACAUGGAGACCUAGGUAAUUGUGUGUUCUC